UACUUAUUCGAAUCUGUUUGUUUUUAUCCUUUCUGCUCUGUCGUCAUCUAUCACCCUCACCUUAUCCCCUUCAAUCAGACACACAAUCACACUCUGGAUUGUCUUACUAAAUUAAUUUGGUGGGAUAAGGUGCGUUGUGGCUAAUUUCAGACCAGCGUAAUGAUUAUUGCUCGUUUAUUGAUGUGAGGAGCAUAGUUCUUGUACUUUUUUGUCAGGUUAACAUUUGUUUUAUUGGGUUAUAAAGUUGAACGUUUCACUGAGCCGUGCUAUACCGACUAAUAAAUUAACUUCAAAGGAAUUGGUGCAUCACUUGAUGAAUGGGUCAGAGAAAGCACAAUCAGUCCCUCCAUUAGAGGAGAGCGCCCACGGAGAGACCCCGUCAAAACUAAUCACGCCGAUUAAGAUCAACGUCUCCCGCCGAGAGCGGGGCCAGCUGAAAGGCACGAGAUCUGUUGGUGCGGAUGCUUUGUAAACCUGUUGUAAAUAAUGUUUUGAUUGCAUAUUACAAAUGAAUGAGCAUACCUAUAUCUCAAAUACGGUAGUUGCCAACGUGUUUGUCCACAUCAGAUAUAAAACAGAUCUUUCUGAUCUUUGCCUAAGGCGCGUGGAGACACUCCGGAGCGUAAAUAGACGGUGUUUGAUUCUUUCUACUCUUGGCAGGCUGCAUUUCUCUCUGGCGCGCAAAGAAACAAGAUCGCAGGAGAGACAGAAGCAAACGCUCGUUUUUGAAGGCUAGAUGUUACAGGUAGGGCUCAGAUCCCAACGGAUGACACCUGAGUGUAUCUGGAGUGUAUGUCAGUCUUGGGAGGUAUGUUUCUGGAGCAGCGGCGGCAGCAUGACCAGCCGGCCCCUGGUCUCCGUCUCCCCCGCGUCUCCCCUGGGCUCGGCUGGCAUCCCCACCCCUGCCCAGCUCACCAAAACCAGCGCCCCCGUGCACAUAGACGUGGGGGGCCACAUGUACACCAGCAGCCUGGCCACGCUCACCAAGUACCCCGAGUCACGGAUCGGCCGGCUCUUUGAUGGCACCGAGCCUAUUGUGUUGGACAGUCUGAAGCAGCACUACUUCAUCGAUCGCGACGGCCCCAUGUUCCGGUACAUUCUCAACUUCCUACGCACCUCCAAACUGCUCAUCCCGGACGACUUCAAAGAGUACUUCCUGCUCUACGAGGAAGCAAAGUUCUUCCAACUGUCCCCGCUGCAGGCUGAGCUGGAGCGCUGGCGGAGCGAGCGCGAGGCCAGGAGCACGUGGCGGCCGUGCGAGUGCGUGGUGGUGCGCGUGGCGCCCGAGCUGGGCGAGAGAAUCACCCUGAGCGGCGACCGGGCGCUGAUCGAGGACGUGUUCCCCGAGGUGGGCGACGUCAUGUGUCACUCGGUCAACGCCGGCUGGAACCACGACUCGACCCACCUCAUCCGCUUCCCGCUCAACGGCUACUGUCGUCUCAACUCCGUGCAGGUGCUGGAGCGAUUGCAGCAGAGAGGGUUCAGGAUUGCCGGGGCGUGCGGAGGGGGCGUGGACUCCUCUCAGUUCAGCGAGUACGUCCUGCGCAGGGAAAGGAAGGGCGGUCAGCGGGACCACACCCUCAUCCGUGUCAAACAGGAGCCCCUGGACUAAGCCCCGCCCAGAAGAGAAGAAAACCAGCUCUAUGACACGCAGUUCUGUCUGACCCAAAGUUUGUUUUAGAAUUUUUGGGGACCAGAAAUGUGUAUAGUGACGUGACUAUGAUUGGAUGCUUGUCAAUAGCGGGAAAGCUGUAAAGAGGCACUUCCUCUUUCAAACAUUGGAACUUUCCAACAGGAGGUGUGACUCCUAUGAGCGCUGAAGGAAGCUCACAUCAGAAUUUUUACUCUGCUUUACUUUUCAUGAAUGAAUGUUUCAACUCACUAUCUUUCAAUGUCUGGUUUACCCCUCUGUACAAACAGUUUUUUGGGUUAUUGCCAAUUUUUUAUGUUUGUAAAAAGGACCGAUGCAGCACCUUUGGGUACUAUUGGAUACUCCAAUAGUAAGGGGCAAGGGGGUUCAAUCCUGGUCCUCGGGUCCGCUGUCCUGUAUGUUUUCCUGCUCCACCACACCUGAUUCAAAUGAAUGGUUGUUACCAGGCUGCUAAGCUUGAUAAUGAACAUUCAUUUGAAUCAGGUGUGCUGGAGCAGGGAAACAUCGAAAACAUUCAGGACAGCGGACCCGAGGACCAAGAUUGAACGCCCCUGCUCUGGUGUAUCUGAACAGGUAAAUAAGUUUCUUACGUCAAAAAAAGGACACAUUUACAUUGAAACACUUCACUUUAAAUAUCACAUCUAAAAUAGAUAAAUCAAGUCUUGUGUUCAGUAAAACAGUAUGAUGAUUCCAUUGUUGGACAGCUAUUGGAGAAAGCAGGUCAUGCAUGUCGUUAUGUCAAAAUAAAUCUGACUCCAUGACCUAAUGAAUGAA